GUGGGAGUGAUUGUGCAGCCUCAGCAUGAUUUAUAAGGAGGAAGUGAACGAAGCAGAGAGAGAGAGAGAGAGACUGAACACGGCUCAUUAACCAGGCCUCGUCAUGGGGGACUGGUCAUUUCUAUCCGACCUGUUGGACAAGGUGCAGUCUCACUCCACAGUGGUGGGGAAGGUGUGGAUGAGCGUCCUCUUUCUCUUCAGAAUCUUCAUCCUGGCUGCUGGUGUGGACACAAUCUGGGGAGAUGAGCAGGCCAACAUGGACUGCAACAUUAAGAGCCUCGGCUGCAAGAACGCGUGCUACGACCGCUCCUUCCCCCUGUCCCACACACGCUUCUGGGUCCUGCAGAUCCUGACCGUGUCCACACCCACGCUGGUCUACCUGGGCCACGUGCUGCUGGUGAUCCGCAGAGAGAAUAAGCUGAGGAGACGCCUGGAGCAGAAGCUGGGUAAGAACGGGAUGAUGAAGGCUCCCAAGUAUUCAAACGAGCACGGCAAAGUGCAGCUGAAAGGCGUCCUGCUGUGCAGCUACUUGAUGCAGCUGCUGAUAAAGAUCCUUCUAGAAGUGGCCUUCCUCGUGGGACAGUACUUCCUGUAUGGCUUCAUCCUCAUGCCUCCUAAGAUCACAUUUUCAGAGUACCCCUGUCCCUCUCCUGUACACUGCUUCAUAAGUCGACCCACAGAGAAAACCGUCUUCAUUGUCUUCAUGAUGGCCAUGGCUGCUCUCUCUGUGAUCCUCAACAUCGUGGAGAUAUUCCACCUGAUUAUCUCAAAGCUCAGCGAGAAGAGACGCAGGAGCUCCAUCCCCCCCGAGGUGUACCGCCCUGACAAACUGAACCACGGCUCCAGAGAGAGCGUCACUCUCUGUUAGAGGCUUCUGGUGAACACUUUCACUUUACAUCCUGAGCACCCUUACAAGGUUCUGUUCAGACUCUAAGUAAUCUCCACCUCCUCCUGUUGAACUAAAGCAAAGGAGCAUCUGAUUUAACAUACUGCCCGUUCCACUUACACAAACACACAUUUUACUUCCUGCUCAAAGGUCAAAGGUCCCUCAGGUUACUACAGAUUCUCCUGUCAGUCUGAAGUGGACUCAGGUUAUGGAAAGUUCAUCUGAUGAUCCGUUCCACACAGCAUUGCAGGAGCCUCAUUGGUCAACAGAGCUGUCAGUCAUAGUACUACACUCCUUUAUUUAGCAUCAGAAAAUAGUUUUUUUAUCUCUUCUGAUUCAUUGUAAACUUGUCAGUUGUCUUUGUUAAAAACCUGCUGAACAGAUGAAACAAACACUUCCUCUCACAUGAUAAUGAAACCACACGGCUCCUAAAAUCACAACUUGAUUUAGUGAACACAUGCAGUUAAACACCUUUUAAAAGAGCUCAGUCACACAAAGAUAGAUUUAUUUUAUAAAUGGAGAUGUGUAGAGAAAUUAUGUUGUGUUUGGUGGGUGUCUUCUAAAGUAAUUCCUCAUGACUUUAAUGUAUGAUGUGUGUAAUAAUGUUUUUGAAUGUUUGUUUUUCAUGUUUUUUAAUCUGGACGUCACUUGAACAGUGAACUUUUAAUGUGUUUUGUUUUUAUCUUUCAAAUGCUGAAUCUUCUGUCUGCACAACAAAGGUCACUUUUUAAAGAUAAAGAGGAGAUAAAGAUCAACUUUAUUGAGCUAAAAAAAAACAGGAAUGUUAUUAACAAAAACAGCGAAAAGUAAAAAAAAACAAAAACAUAUUUACAUCAAUUAAUAAAGAUACCUGGAACAUUGAGUUGUGUUAUAAUUAAGAAAAUAUGAACAAAGACACAGAAGAUAAGGGAUGAACAUCUGAAUUAUGGGCGUGUUUGGGCCAUGUUCAUGUGAGAACCAUCUCUGAAAACAGAAUCUUUGUUGGUUUGCAUUUUCAAAAAACAUCAUGUUCAGGUGAAAACGUAUUUGAUCACACAGAUAGACAUUUGUAUAGUACGACUCCCGCAGUAUACAAAUCAGGUCAGUAGUGGGUUUGUUACUCAUGGGCCUGAUAGAAUAAGAUCCAAAGUAAAGACUUGUGUGUUCACUCCAAUAAAUUGCAUGUUUGGUGA